AUGCGCCCUGGUUCCGCGAUGCUGGUGGUGCUGCUGACUCUGCAUGCGUUAGGCCGGACAGCUGGGCAACAGGCGAACCACAGCAUUAGCGCGCGGGGGACCUCUGGCCUCAUAUCCGGUCUUGCGCAGUUCAAGCGGCAGUGGGCGCACCAGAAGCUAGCCAGGCUGCUGAGCCUGCUGACGGUGGUGCGGUUCCACAACGGGCCGUGCGUGACGCCGCACGGCGUGGCGGGCACGUGCUACCACCGCCUCGAGUGCGCCAGCAGGGGCGGCGCCGCCGGCGGACACUGCGCGCGCGGCUUCGGCGUCUGCUGCUACUUUGUGAGGACAUGUGGCCAGCAAAGCGACCAAAAUUGUACAUAUUUUGUAAAUCCAGGAUUUCCAGCGGCGUAUGUGAACGGGCAGCCUUCUGAAUGCGUUCUGACCAUUAACAAGCGCAGUCCGAAGGUUACUCAGCUGCGGCUGGAUUUCAAGAUAUUUGAGUUAGAAGCACCUAGAAAUGGGACAUGUACUGUGGAUCAGUUCACAGUCAGUGGUCAGAACAGAAACAGCAUCAUUCCAGUCCUGUGUGGGAAUAAUACUGGCAACCACAUAUACAUGGACGUUGACAGCUCUAACGGUCCAUUUCAGCUGUCAGUAUCACAAGGUGGAGGAAACUUUCCACGGCGAUUCAAGAUAAAAGUAACUCAAUUAAGACCAGGAGACCGUCUGGAGAGCCCACGAAACUGCCUUCAAUAUUAUGUUGGUGUCAGAGGGUCUUUCCACAGCUUCAAUUAUGAGGGACCAAAUGCUGGGUAUUUGAACAACUUAAACUAUGCUAUUUGUAUACGCAAGGAAGCUGGCUACUGUAGCAUAACAUACACAAAUGAGGAUGUGUUCCAGCUAGUCAAUGUGGAUGAGGAUGGAGAUCCAACUGUCCCUCCUGGUCAAGCUGGUGCUGGUGCAGUCAGCUGCACUGAUGAUUACAUAGUUGUGACAGGCUUGGGUCUUCGAUUAUGUGGGGAUCGCCUCAAUGAUGCAUCUGUGAAUAUUGACUUCACACAGGAUGCUCCAGUCACAGAUACAUCCAAUGGUCCAUUUAUAGUGGGUGUUCGCACAAACAAUGAAGUUACUGGCCGUGGCUUCCAUCUGAUGUACCGACAAAAUAUCUGCGGAAUGACUUGAUAUAUUUAUUGAAAUGCAACUGUGAAUUGCACUAUCAGUUACUGUAAACUUGAUAAUAUUAACAAGUGCAUUCAAAAUGCAUUCAUACAUUCUCUUUCAGCUUUUGUUGACUCACCUACAAUGAUGAAAUGAACUAAAAUGUAUGGGUGCAUACAGCUGUAAGAAUUCAGAAUACGAUGCAGUUUCAUGCAUUUGAUAAGGUACUGAUGGAUUAGCAGCAAUUGUGUUUAUGUACUCAUUUAUUAUUGUUUAUUGUUAGUUCUUUUUGUAUUAAAUUAUGAUACCACAU